AUGGUCAAGGUCGCCGAUCUCAUCCUCCGAGGACUCAUUUUCAUGUUUGCCGCCAUCAUCAUGGGUCUGGCCGGUUCUCUCGCCUCCACCCACAAGAAGGGCCACUACAACCCCCAGGUGUCUUACGCCGUCUUCUGUGGCGCAUGGUCCGCCCUCUUUGGUGUGUUCUACCCCGUGCUCGCCAACUUCAUUGAGGCCAUUGCCUUCCCCAUUGUCAUUCUCAUCAUUGACUUCAUCUCCUGGGUUCUGACCCUUGCCGGAGGUGCCGCUCUGGCCACCGCCAUCCGAUGCCACUCUUGCGGCAACAUGAACUACGUCAACUCCAACAAGGUGACCCAGGGCUCCAAGGGCCGAUGCCGAAAGGCCCAGGCCACUGUUGCCUUCCUGUUCUUCGCCAACUUCUCCUUCCUGGCCACCAUGAUUCUGUCUGCCAUCUCCGUCAAGCAGCUCGGCGCCUUCACCCUGCCCGGCCGAUCUCGACGAUCCGCUCCCCGAACCGGAAUCCCCACCAUGUCCCAGGUUUAA